AUGUUAUACGGUGGACCGUUGGGGACAUAUCUAAGUGGUUAUUAUGGUCCAGGAAGUUCAAAAAGUGGGAGCCCGAGUUUUACAAGUACUGGUAGUGGACCUUCCUCAACAAGUUCAUACAGUCGUCCAAGAACAGGACGAUAUCGAACACCUUCAGCUUAUGGAGUAACUAGUAGUGGAGCUAGUAGUGCUACAUCUCUAACGCCUAAUUCCAGCCGAUCCAGUUUUUAUACCCCUCAAACUCGGAGGAAGUAUUCCGAUGAGGUAAGAUUAUGUGACACUUAA